AUGACAAUUGACUACUCAACCGUACCAGGCACAGCGCAUCUCGUUGAUAUUGACGAGAAAAGCAAAGAGAUCGUCUUGAUUCCAACACCAUCAGAUGAUCCUAACGAUCCCUUAAAUUGGUCAAAGUCACGGAAAAACCUUCACAUGUUCUGUGUUGUGUUAUACGUGUUCGCCACGGGUAUACCUGGCACAUGCAUCUAUUCAAUUCUUACAGACAUUGCUGCUGCUGAUGAUAUUGAUAUCUCUGUCGCUGAUCUAAACGCAGGCACAGGAUAUGCGUUUUUGUUUUUGGGUUUAGGGUGCCUAAUUUCACAGCCAUUGGCAAUGCAAUACGGAAAAAGACCAGUUUAUCUCUUCUCGACUUUAUCAUGUGCUUUGUUGAACUUGUGGCAGCCAUAUAUAAAAACUAAUGGAGUGUGGAUUAUUUCAAAAAUCUUGGCUGGAACUGUUACUGCUCCUAUAGAAGCUUUGCCUGAAGCCACCAUUUCCGAUAUGUUCUUUGAGCACGAAAGAGCCACGUAUAUGGGCAUAUACGCUUGUGCAUUAUUCGGCUCAAAUUAUAUUGCCCCGUUGGUGGCUGGAUUCAUCAAUGAGAAUUCUCAAAACUUGGAAGUCGGUGGAUGGAGAUGGGUCAUUUUCUGGUCGGUCAUCUUUUGCGCAAUAAGCUUUGUCUUUCUCUUUUUUUUCAUGGAGGAAACAAACUACGAAAGAAAAUUGAGAGUCAAAAAAGGUAUUGAUGGUCAGUUUUUGUCCGUCAUUACUAGCCAUGGAACAAUAAACCAUACCAAAGGCGGAGAGAAGCAAGUUGUUUCGGUUCAAGUAGCAACGGAAAACGCCUCAGAAGAUGAAAUUGAUAGCGAGAAUCACGAGAAUACCCUUGGAAACCUUUCUGAGUUUGUGGAUGCAAAUGAAUCAGUAAAUUAUGCUCCACCAAAAACAUUCGCUCAAAGAUUAUCAUUGACUUCCGGAGUAAAAUCCAAGUUUCUACUUUGGGAAUACUCAAAAACCCCUUUCAUAAUGUGCCAGUUCCCUGUUGUGUUAUGGUCCGGGUUUCUCUAUGGAGCAUCUCUUUUUUGGUACACUGUUUUGAACGCUACAGAAGCAUUGGUUCUUAGUUCUUCGCCUUACAAUUUUUCGAGUUCAAUGACGGGUUUGGCAUACCUUUCGCCUUGUAUCUUUGUUGUGCUUAUUUACUUCUACGCAGGCUGGACUACUGAUUAUUUAAAGAUCAAAAUUGCCAAGAGGAGAGGGGGACUCUCUCAAGCAGAAGAUAGAUUAUGGGCACUCUCGGUAUAUGCUAUCUUGGGUCCGUGUGCAUUAAUUUUAUGGGGCGUUGGUGCAUAUCAUGGAAUCCACUGGUUUGGUGUUGUCUGCGGCCUUGGCCUUAUGGCUGGUUUGUGUAUCAUUGGAUGUGUGAACUCGGUGACAUACGUGAUUGAUUGUUAUCACGAAGUAUCCUGUGAGGCAAUGGCCACAGUCAUUGUGAUUAGGAACACCAUGAGUUUUGCCAUGAGUUACGGUAUAACCCCAUGGAUUGAGAACGAGGGCUUGCAAAACACUUUCAUUGCAGCGGCAUUCAUUUGUUUAUUUUGCAUUGGAACUUUUGUCGUCAUGUUGAAGACAGGGUAUUACUGGAGAGACAAGACAAAGCAUAAAUACUGGAGGCUUAUUGAACAUAGAAGAAGCUUGGGUAUGAGCCACUGA